CGGUUGCGCUCAAUGUUACAGUCACACAUCGCAAAUUAUUUAUUCGAGUAGCCUCAGUGUUAUAGAGCAAAUUAUGGGUCUACUAUGGAUAGCUUAGCCUAUUUGGUGGCAAUAAGGUAUACAGUUGACCACGUCACAAAAUGGAUGAGCCGACUUUAGAUCCAGAAUAUUUUGAACGGCUCAAGCCUCAUUUUCUAAAGCUGUUUAGAAAAUUUGUAAAACCAUCAAAUGUUAUUCAUCUACUUCAAGAAAGUGAAAUGUUGACUGAAACUGAUCUGUCAGAGAUCAAGGCAACAACUAACACUAAAGGUGAGAUAGAAGGCAGUGUGCUAGUGUUUGAGAGACUGACACUGUACGAGGGAUGGUACCCACGUUUGUUGGGAGUUUUCCGCGACAGAGAUGUCAAACUGUCUCAUGUGGCCAGGGAAAUGGAAGAGAUCAAAGGCUCACUAGACACGGCUAUUCAAGAAGAACAACAGAUCUCAUGGCAUCUUGGUAUACCAUUAUUUACCAGAGGGAUGACAUCCAUUCAGCAUCCUUAUGACCAUUCAUCUAUGCUAUUGAAAUUAUCCGAUGAUCACUUUGUACAGAGAAAAAAAUCGAUGAAACUGAAAGUACAGCUUGAACAAGUUCAAAACGAACUAAACGAGAUUAAACGAAGGCUUAGAGAAGAAGAGAAUGAAUCGCAACUUGCAAGUGAUUCUGCUGCGACAACACCAGUACAUUUUGUUCAUCUCAGUGAUUACGCAGAGCUGUUAAAAAAGCAAGAGGAGGUGCAAACCAAACUAGCGCGACUCGAGGAAGAAUGUUCUGACUAUAAGUUGUCUUUUGAAAAACUCGAGGAGGAAAAAGUAAAUGAGGAGAAUAAAAAUAAACAGCUAGGAAAUAUUGUGCGAGAAAAAGAAUGCAAGCUUCAACAAUAUGCACUGGAAAAAACAGAGUUAGAAGAGAAAUUGAAGGCAUAUUGUCACGAAAACACAGAUUUGAAAAACAAAUUAGAAGCAAGUCAUCAAGAAGCUUACACCCAUAAAACAAUGGCGUUAAACCUUAAUGAAAGUCUAGAAAGCGAGGAAACCAAAAAUAAACAGCUGUUUCAACAAAAUCAGACCCUUGAAAAUAGUGUAAAAGAAUUUAUACUGGAAAAAUCAAAUUUGGAAGAGAAAUUGAAAGGCAGUCAUCAAGCAACAAUUGAUAUUCCCUAUGGACAAAAAUGUCAGCUAGAGCGCAUACUAGAUCCUAAUCAAUAUCCUUUGUGUGACCCAGCGAUAAUACCAAGGUCUUCGUUAGAUGGAGGCUUGGCUCCCCCUACAUUGCCGACUAUGAGAUCUGCAGGAGGGUCAUCAAAAAGAACGGCUAGAAACUUUCCAGUAAGGUUUCAUAAAAUGACGGAUUCAAAAGUUCUCUUGUUUGUAGGGAGAUAUGGUAAUGGGAUAACCUCGACCAUAAACUCUAUGUUUAAAGGCCUGAAGGAUGCGGAAGAUAUAGGAAAAGAUGUUAUAAAUGUUCAAGAAAAACAGGUUGCGGAAGGUCUAGGAGAAGGUGCGAAAGGUCAAGUAGACGAAAGUGCCAUUGUAAGAAAACUUUGCGCUUCUGAAAAGUCAGGCUUCCUAAUACGUACAAAUGGCUCUGUUACUGCUGUUGAUGGCUAUUGUCUUGCAGAGCACAAAGCAGACCAGGUAGUGUCAAAUUCAUUGUUAAAAGCACACAUCAAGCAAAUGGUGGAAGACACUUCAGGGUUCGUGGCUCUAAUCUUUGUGCUGAAGUAUGGGGUACGCUUCACAAAACAGGAACAGGACUCCGUGGCAAAAGUUAAAAAACGUUUCGGUAAAACUAUUUUUAAACAAAGGGGAAUAAUUGUGCUGACUUACGGGGAUAUCUUUGAAGAAGAUAAUUAUAAAAAUAAUUCUGAUGCUUUUAAAAAUUGGUGCGAAUCUCAAAGCGGUGCGUUCUGGGAUUUGUUGCAAGAUUGCGAGAAGCGUAUCGUAUUGUUCAACAACAAAACAUCUAACCUAGCUCAACAACAACAACAGAGCAAUGAACUGCUACGUCAUGUUGAGACAGUUCAACAAAAAAAUAAAUCAAAACUGCAGACUUCAGUGGAUAUCAGUGAUGAGGAAGACACUGAUGACAAAAACUCCCCAUAUUGGUGA